UGGAUUCCCUUCUCUUCCAGAUGCAUUUCGUCUUCUCAGAUAAGGUGGUGCUUCUGUUUGACUUCUGGAGUGUCCACAGUCCUACAGGCAUGGUCCUUUCGGUGUUGGUGGUCCUGCUCCUGGCUGUGUUGUAUGAAGGCAUCAAGGUUGGCAAAGCCAAGCUGCUCCACCAGGCCCUGGGGAGCCUGCCCAUCAGCAUCAGCCAGCCCAUCAGCAUCAGCCAGCAGGUCAUCGCGGAGCCGGACCAGGACUCUGCAGGCUCAGACUCACCCGCAGUGGGCAGAACCCGCCUCAGGUGGUUUCUGUAUCACUUUGGCCAGUCUCUAGUUCAUGUUGCUCAGGUGGUCAUCGGCUAUUUCGUGAUGCUGGCUGUCAUGUCCUACAAUACCUGGAUUUUCCUUGGUGUGAUCCUGGGCUCUGCCGUGGGCUACUACCUCGCCUACCCACUUCUCAGUACGGGUUAGCGGGCGAGGCCGUGCAGAAGACGGAGGGAGCGGGACCCCUCUUCCAUUGUACUUCCAGCUUUGUCUUCUGAUGGCUGUUCCUUGGGCUCAUUCCCAGCCCCUGGAAACUUGGAGCUGGAGCCAGCACUUGCUCCCUGGAGCUCAGAGGCCCUUGCAGCUGUCUCCCUCCUCUGCCAGCCAGCUCGGGGCCCAGGCCCAGUUUUGUGCCUUAAUAAGGCUGCUGUAACCAAAAGGAGAACAGGGAGAACAAAGCCUGGGGACAAGGCUGCUGAGCCCCUGACCACACCUCUGUGACUCAAAGCUUACAGAUUUCCAAAGAUCAAGACUGGGAGAGGCGCUCUGGGUGGUGAGGGGUAUGGGACCUGGACACAUUCUUUUCUCCUGCUCGUGCCUUAUUAUCAGGAGCUUCUUCCUUUGAAUUUCCUGACACCUCUGCCUUUGGGGGACAAGGGCCACGCCAGCUCCUUUUCUCACUCGUCUGUCUGCCUUUGCAACACAGGACCUCUUCCUGUGGAUCCCAUUGACAAACUGAGUUUUUUCAUUUUCCUACUGAGCUCUUGGCUCUGAUUUUGUACAUUCACACACAAGUUUUAAUGAAACGAUUUCAUUUUAGUCAUGUGGAUGGUGGCCUCUGCUGAAACUGCUCCCCUUUUUUGGAUGGAGGGUGCGAGUGACAAGAUUGAAGGUAGAGAUGCAGGACUCUUGUCUUCCUGGCUUAUCCUUUAGGUGGAAUGCCACCCCCCCCC